GCGCUUUUUAUUAUUGUGAUUUUCGAUUUCCCGCGUGUUUAAUCUUGAACUGCUAUGACAUUACUUGUUGUUGUGCUCUGUGUGAAGUGUUAAUAUUUUGAAUACUCUAGAAUAUGUAAAAACGAAGACAUUCUAGCCUCGGAGUUGGUUUAGAAAAUUUUGAAACCAAAUAUGGAUAUUUCUAAGGAUAUUUCACUCUUGAAAGAUGCUGCUGAAACUGAUAAAUUGGAGAUCUUCAAAAAAAUAAUAAAUGGUCUAUUAGACACAGUGAAUAAAGAUGAGUUAAACGUGACAGAGAAAGAUAUUGAAGAAUUUUGUCAGGAAAUUUUGAACAGUCUUGAGCAUUCAUCUUGUAUUCUGUUGGAACAAUUAGAAUUGUUAUUGAAAGAUUGUAAAUCUUUGAAAUGUAUUUUCACUGAUAAUCAGAUGAACAGUAUUGUUAAAGGUAUAAUUAAAGUGAUAAAGGUUUCUGAAAAUGAAAAGGACUUAAUAUUAUGCUUUUCAUGUUUGAAUGAAACAUUAUCUGUAACUGAAUUAGAAAAUGAUAUGCUGGAAGAUUUGCUUGGUAAUGCAGCUGAAAUUAUUUGUAAAAAGUCGGUACCUGUAUCUGUGUACAUAAAUAUUUGCAGCUAUAUGCAGAAGUGUUUUAAACACUAUGAAAGUAAAUUAUCCUGUUUCAUGCACAUCAUUCCAAGGCUGAUUUACCCUCCUUUGACCCACAAUUCUGGAAAAGUUCGUGAAAUUGCUGAAAAAACUUUGGAUAAUUUUCCUAAAUUAGUUCUGUAUGCUGAAAAUGAAGAAGCAUCAAAUGCCUUACUUAAGCUUAUCAAAGAGUCUUAUUGUAAAGAACUACUGCUGCUCUUUAAAGAAAAACAAGAACUGUAUGUAUUAAAAAUAUGGAAGGCUGUUGUGAAUGGUCUGGGCAAACUCCUUCAUCGCAACCUGCCAACCAUUACACCUUUCUUUCAAAUUAUUGAAAAAGGAUUUAAAUCUCAAGAUGAUGAAGUUUGCAAAUCAGCAUUUAUCAGUUGGAAAACACUUAUCAGUAAUUUUGCAAUGGAUGAUUCUGUGUUGAAUGAUUCAAAGAAACUCCGGUUUGUGUUAAAGCCAUUUAGAAACCUCACAAAAUUUAGUGAAUUAGUUUCCUUUGCAGUUUGUGAAACAUGGUGGCAUUUGGCUUGGAGUCUUUCUGAUAAUCUUUCUGCUCGCUUUGAUGAAGUCCUGAUGCCAUUAUUAGAAUUUACAUUUGGAAAAAAUACCAAAAGUCAGAUAUUUUUAGUGAAAAGAGGCUGUCAUAUUUUAUUGAGAUUAUUGGAACAGCCACAAAAUAAUUCUCUGAACCGAAUUUCUAGUCCUAAAAAAUUACCACCGCUUAUGUAUCCUUCUUUGCAAGUUCCAUUGGAUCUAAAAGUCAUUGUUCGACAUUCCAAAGAGAUCAUGUCUAUGAUACGAUCUGUGAUUGAGAUGUUUGGAAAUGUGAAAGAUAUGACAAGCCACAUUGAUUGCCUGUUAAAGUCAGUUCUUUUUGUCCUGUCAUCAGUAAUUGAAGACAAAAAUAAAGAAUCAGUUGAAGCAGUAAUUUCAUUUGUAAAUUUUGUUAAUGAUGUAAUUGACUCUCAACUGUGUUCACCAUUAACAUGUUUGAAAUGUGUAGAUAGUCUUAGUAAAUUACCCCGUUUUGUUUUGGUUUCUCACUAUUUUCAUUGUGGUCCUCGAAAACAGGAUAUAUUAUGUACAUCCCUUCUAAGAUUGCUUGUGAAUCCAUAUUUAUUUUCCACAGAAAUUUCAAACAAGAGGUUUUUAAUGGCUUAUAACAGACUUAUCCAAGCUGGACUUGGUGAAUCCCUGAAUCCAUUAUCAAUGGCACACAAAUUAAUUAACAUUGUGAAACAAGUUACUGCACAAAAUCUUGAUGCAGAAAUUUUAUUUGAAAUGUGGUCAGGAAUAGCAUCUCCUUUGUUGGAAGCAAUUGAAAAGACUCAAGAAGUCAAUCAAGGCACUGGACAGGAACAUGAUUUCAGUUGUCUGUAUGAUGUUUUACUUUGUCCCUUUGACAAUAUCUUCCCAGUGUCUCUGAAUCAACUUCGGACCAAGCCUGCAUUUCGACUUUGGACCAAUUUAUAUAAAACAUUUGUACGUUGUGCUUCUCUUGUGCCAACAACACUUCCAAAUGAAGCAUGUGAACAUUUUUGUGCAAGACUCAAGAAUUACUUUAAAGAUGAACUGUUAAAGGAGCCUCAGUAUUUUGAAACAGUAUGCUUCCUUUUGCAAGUUGUUUUGGAAUCCAUUGAUUUCACUUCAGCAUCGGCUUCUUCUACACCAGUAUUUGCUAGUCCAUCUAUGCUUCUGAAAAAGAAAAAACCCCUUGGAAAUUUAACAUCAUUUGUCGAACUUUUAUCCAUGCUGCUUACAUCGUUCUAUACAAAUUAUAUUGAAAAUGAAGAUGAUAUUUAUCAGCAGCCACUUUUAUUGGAGGAAUCUUGCACUCCAAAGGCUCAAAGAAAAGGUCAUAUUUCGAAAGCAGCUGCUCCAUUAGAUCUUGUAAAAACGUUUUUUGGAAAUCUUAAAACUGGUGUGGCUAUUUCAUCAGCUUUAGAAGAACUUGUUCCUUCUCUAUCAAAGUUAUUUGCCAUAAGUCUAACUAAAACGCAAAUUGGAACUAAAUUGGAAGUUUUCUGGAAUGUUUUGACAUCAGCCAUUGAAAUGCAUUAUUUAGGACAAUAUGACACAGAUUUUCUCAUAGUAAUGUGCCCAUUGUUGGAGUCUUGCUUCACUCAUCCUCGAAGGCACAUCAAAGAAAGAAGCAGACGAUUUUGGUUUGCUACUUUUGCACCAGUUUCCUCUUCUUUGAUCAUCCCUGAGUCACUUAAGACUAUUUUAAAGAAGUCUAAAUUAUCUCUUAUGCCUGAUGAACAAGUUAGUUCCCUGGAAGACUGUAGUUUGAAUCCUGCAUCUGACAGCAUAGAGGAUGAAGUAAUUAAUUUUGAAAAAUGUUCUGGCAUCAAAGAUUCAUUUGUAAAGCCAUUAGAUGUUAAACCAAAGGAUUUGAAAUGUGGUGUUAGAGAGACAGAUUCUAAACAAAUAAAAGAUAAAAAACUUGGCUAUAAGAAGAGUGUUGAUGAAUUACCUAAUGAUGAAUUUGUUAUAAUUGAUAGUCCAGCUGCUGGAUCUUUGACACCAAAGCGCCGAAGCUUUCGACGUCGUAAAAGUUUUGUUCCAGCUAUGUAUAAUGAUCUAUCACAGUCUCAAGAAACAACCACUUUGGGAGGCUCUAGUGAAUCUUUUGACACUAGCUCUUCUUGUGAAAUUAUAGAAUUCAAAUCUCAGGAGGACUCAGAGAAAUUAAUAGCAUCAAAUCAAGAAUUAGAUUUUGGCAAAAAUAAAGAGGAAAUAACUUCUAAAAAAGUGGAGGAAUCGCAGGAUAUUAAUUCAAGUAUAGAAGUGUUAUCAAAUCAAAAUGACACAGAUUGUAGUGAAAGAAAAAACCUUAUUUCCCAAGAAACCAAAACUACUGAAAAUGAAACUACUUCCAAAAAUGAAAAAGCAUUGUUGGAAAAAGAAACCACUUUUUCGAAAAUUUGCAAAAAUGAUGGGCACAGUGCUGAAAAUAUUAAAUCAUCUGAUGUCAUUGUUGUAACAAGUUCAGAUAGUAUCAGUUCUCAAGAAGUAGGAGUUGAUUCUAAAAACGCGUUCCAAGAAAUGCCGAAUAGUGAUGAAAUUGGAGUUGGUCUUUCCGACCCUAAAUCACCAUCUUUUAGUCAAGGUGAAUCAAGACUAUCUCAACGACAUGGAAGAAAAAGAAGUUCUUCUGAUGAAUUGUUAAAUUCUCAGGAACUGAUUAAUAAUAAAGACUCAUCUGAAGCUUCAUUUGACAAUAGUGUGAAGGACAGAGAAUCUGUUUCUAAAGAAAAGAAUGAUACAAUUAUUAUUAAAAAGGGAAGAGUUGAAUCUGAUUCUGAUGAGACACAGGACUCUCAAAAGAAUAUAAAUAAAAAGUUUAAAUCAAACACAGAGUCGACAACUAAUACUCUGGCUUUACCAAAAAAGAAUGGAAAAUCAAAACAAAAUGGCAGUGCAACUCAUUUGAAGAAAACUUCUAAAAGUGAUUACAAGAAGUCUUUGCAACAAAAGAACCUGUCAGAAUCUCUCCCCUUGUGCACAGUUUCAAAUAAAUUGGAUGAGCAAACUAUACUAUCCAAAUCAAAUCAAUCUUGUAUUGAAAUUAUUGAUCUUGAUGAUUCUGAUGAUAUAAUUCCAAGUUCUCAGAGUUCUGGAGAUAGUAUGAGCUGCAUAAAAUUACCAGCUAAAGAUAUGUCUCCUAUAAAUUCAAGAAGAAUGCUUGCAUUUGAUUCUCCAAAAGACAGUGAAAAUAAAUCGAAUAAGAUUGAAGUGAAAUCUGAAACUAAUUUUGCAAAGGACUGUAUUGAUCAAAAUGUGAAUAAUUCAUUUGUAAAAGAAUCCAAUGAAUGUCCUGAAACCCCUACUGAUUUAAUACAACCAUCAUGUGAUGAUAUUGUUGCAGACGUCGUAAAUCAAGCAUCUACAUUUGUGACUAAAACUAUUUCUUCCAUGCCUCUUAAAUCAUCUGAAAAUUUAGUAAUUUUAGAUGAGCAUUUAAAUAAGACUGAGAACAAAACAAUUAAAACUGCUUUGUCAGAUGUACUUAUGAAAACUGAUGAUGAAAAGAAGAUGCUCAUUGCAGAGAAUAAACCACCUUUGUUCACUGACAUAUAUACUGUUCAAACAAGUGAACCUGUAAUUGUACUAGAUAAAUUAUGUAUAGAAGAAGAGAAAAUUAAACCCAGUGUGGAAAUUAAGUUUGCUAAAUCAGCAGAUUCAGUGGAAAAUGUUUUUAAAGAAGACAGUCCUAAAACUGUAAGGGUAAAAUCACUUCGUAGUGCUAAUAAAAAUAUAGGCCGAAAAUCAUUCAGUUGUGCUGGUAAUAAAAAAAUUUCCAAAAGGCCUUCUAAACGUAAAAGUAUGCCUGCUUUAAAUGCAGCUCCAAAGAUUAAUAAACUUGAUAUUGAAGAUGAGAAUAUGGAUAGUGAAACAAAUUUUGACCAAUUAACAUUAAAUGAGAUGGUUAAAUUAUCUGAAAACAAUUCACAAACAAAAAAUGAAUCAAAAGAUACCGAUGAAUAUCCUGCUUCUGUUGAAGGUGACAGUGAGCAAAAUUCAGUACUUGAGGAUAUAAAUAAAGUCAUAUUAGACAUUCAAGAUAAAAUUAUGUCUUAUGAUGAGGGUUAUUCGUGUGACUUGUAUGUAAAUGGAAAACUGGAAAAUGAACAAGAUAUUGAUAAAAGCUGUUUACUUUCUCCCAGUAAUCAAGUGGAUAAAGAUUUAAAGAAACAAGAUGAGAAACUUAAAGAUAGUGAUGUGAAAAAGUUAGAGAUUUCUAAUAAUAACCAUAACAUUUGCAAAGUAAUUGAAAAUACUGGUAAUGAUUUCAAGGCUUUGUCUGAAGAUCAAAGUGAAGUUGACUUAUACUCCAACAGUACUAAAAAAUCUGAUGUUAUAGAUACAAACUCAGAUUUAGAAAAUGAAAAAUCUCAGGUAAAGACUGUCUUUUCUUUGCAUAAUAUGCCUAUAACUAAUGAAACAUCAGUAAGUGAUGCAAAUUUAAAAGCUGUUAUACCUGUUGAUGAUUUAGUAAAUUCUGCACAACUUACUGAAAAUCAAGAUGUGGAAUUGUCUAAAUUUGUUGAAGAUAAAUUGUUAGAUCAUGUUUCUGAAGAUACAAAUAAUGUUGAAACUCAAAAUUUUGAAAUAAAGGCUGAUUUACAAUUAGAUGCAGAUUCUGAUGUAGAUUCUUGUGGACAAGAUUUCAAUUUAAAAUCUCAAGAUGAAAAAGAAGGGAAUAAAAUUGAAAUAAUUAUAGACAAAAAUAACACUAGUGAUGAAACUGCUUUUAAAAAUAUUGAAACACAUGAAGUAUCUGAAUUAAUACAUGAUGAAACUGUGCAAGAUCAUCAAAUCAAGAUACUUGACGUUGUUAGUGUGAAAGAAAAAUACACUGCUGUUUUUGAAAAUUUCGAUAAAGAAAGUGUUCCCAAUUCAGAUAAUGUGGACAUCCUGGGCUCAUCUGAAAAGAAUCUUUGCAAUAAUACUAAUAAUAUAUGUAUAAAGGAAAUACCAGAAGAAGAGACAAAAAAUAAAUCUUCUGAAACUGUGGAAGUAUCUGCAACAGCUGAAACAAACAAAAUUGACCCUGAUAUUAAAGUUGUGCCAGAUUCUUUUUCUUCUGAAAUUGAAGAAAUAGAAGAGACUUGUGAUAUUGAUGAUCAACGCUUUACUAAAAAAACUGAAGAAGUAAUUUUAGAACAAAAAAACAUUCAAAGGAGUAGAAAUGAUGAUGGCAGCAAAAAUGAUAUUCUAGAAUUGCAUGAGAAUAUUAUCAAACCAGAACUCAAUGGCAUCUUACAAAUAGAGGAAUCUUGUAUAACUAAGGAUUUAAAUGAAAAAAAGCAAGAAAAUGAAAAGUGUAUCGAAUCUGAAGUCAGUGAAACUCAUUCCAUUAAAAACUUGGAGUCUGGCAUCAAUAAAAAUAUGACUGUUAUAAAAUUGAAAUCUGAUUUAGAACUCCCUGUUGACCCCAAAACUGACUUACAGAUGUCAGCUUUAGAGAUUUAUGAUGUUGAAAAUCACUGUAUUCAUACAGACUCUCAUAAAAAUUUGGAGGAUGAAAAGUCAGUGGAAUUUCAUAAUUCUGAUACUUCCAAUAUUUUGACUGUUAGUAAAACCAGUUCCGUUUCUCAGAUUAACAAUAACGAAAUGGAAAGUUCCUCUCGUAGAAGGAAGCCCAAAUGCCCUGUGAGAUCGCCAUUUAAUUUCAGACAAAGAUCCAACCUUAUUGUUUCUAUGAGCAAUAUUUUGCCAAAGGAUGGUGAACCAAAUUCUGGAAAGAUAGCUUCUAAAAAGACUGUGCAAAAUAAAACUCCAGAAAAUGCAGUAAAAAAAAUUAAAAAGCAUAUUGAACCAAAGAUUAAAACUGGAUCUUCCAUCACUUCUCAGAAUAGCAAUAAGCUUGAUUCAUCAAUGAACAAUUCAAAUUCUAGUCAUGAGCCAUCUGAUCAAGAGUUGAAGAAGGCUGCUUCAUCAUCAGUUAAACGCUUAAAAGUUUGUUUAAACCUGAAAGAGAUGACAGAUGUAAAUACUCGAUUUAAUGCUAGUGUAGCUCCUCAAACGCGAAGACUUAAAAUGUUAGCUGAUGUACAUAAUUUACAGCCUCUUGAGGAUGAUGAUCCUACUUCUAAUGAAAAUGAUUCUGUAUACACAGAAGAUGAUGACCUUUCAGCAUCUAUGUCAUCGACUAGUAUUUUAAAGAAGCGCAAAGCAUCUUCUGAUGGAUCGCAUUCAAAAAUACGAAAAGUAACUUUUGCUGAUCCUCUGGUUGAAGAGCGUUUAUUCAGCAAUGAUGAUAAUCUGAGUGAAAGAAUUCUGAGAGUCAGUGCUCAGAUGAACAUUCUUGAGCAGCAAAACAGUAUUUCUUCAUCAGAUGUAGAAAAGGUUGCUGAAACAAAUCUUUCAUCUUCUGAAGAAAUGCCUUCUUCAUCUGAAUAUCAAAGCUCAGAUAAUUUAACAGAUUAUAAUAAUCUUCCUAUUUCUCCAUUGUUAGUUAAUUGUGAAGAGAGCAUUAGUUGCAUCAUAAAAGAUUUAACAAGUCCUACCUGGGCUCAAGGGUUGAUGACUCUUCUACUUGCCAAAAAUAUUAAAACCAUUGGUGAUCUCUGUAAAUUAAAUGUUCAUGAACUUAAAGAUCUGCCUAUUAAGUCUCCUAAAGUAUCAUGCUUACAUAAAGCACUUCUUGCGCAUCUACAACACACGCAAGAAGUAACUGCAUCUAAGCUCAAUUCAACUGAAAACUGGUACAUUGAUUCAACUUCAUCUGAAAAUAGAAACAAAGAAAAUGAGCCAGAGGUUAAUCAUGAAGAUGAAAAAAUGGAUGAAAGUAUAAGUUCUGAAGUAUUAGAAAGAAUAGCUGAAGAACUUCUUACUGAUGAUAGAAUUGGACAAAUUAAAAAAGAAACCUUGCUUGCAUUGUCAAAGAAAUGUUUCCAAGAAGUCACCAAGAGAUUAGAGGACCACUAAAAACUCAUUGCUUUUGUGUUUCACUGCAUGUUUAAAUCCAAAUUGAAAUUUAUAUGUAGUAAUCAGUGUCAAGUAUUUGUUUUUCUGUGAAAAUUGUAUUGUAUGAAAAUCAUUUGUAAUAUUUUACUUUUUUAAUGUUUUUAUACAAAAUUUUACUCUAAGUUUGUAUGAAUUGAAUGUCUUUCAUGAAACAGAAUUAAAUGCGUACUUUCUCUAA